CUGGCAUUCUACUGUUUCUAGUGCAUUAUUUAUUCUUGUCAGAUGAAUUUUAAGUUAAAAAUAGUAAGUACUUCUAAACUGCUCACUUAUACAUGAAAUGAUAGACUAAUUCCUAGUCCUUCUUAACCAUUCAUGGAAUCAGAACCCUCCAGAAUCUUUUGCAAACUGUGUUGAGUUAUUGUCCCCAUGGGAAAGCGAAGAACUCACAGGCGACUGUUCCCCCUGUUUCUCAAUGCUUCUGGGAGAAAGCACAGCUCUUUAUUUCCGUUCCUGGUUUGAUAGUGUGUUUGACAGAGUUUUAUGUGCUAGUUAAAUAGUUAAAUAGUAUUUAACUAUUAAGCUAGUUCUUCAGCUUGAUCUCUCAGAUGAGAGUCGUAUUUAAUUAGGCAUAUUGUCUAGCAUGUUGCGGUUCAAACUGUGUCCUAGUCAUCGUUGGUGGCAUUGUCACUAGGGAGCGUCUUAGAAGUGCAGUCCCGGUGCCCCGUGCAGCUGAGCAGUGUCUUUGGUGAUGGCCCACCUUAAGCCUUUGCCAGCACCACGGUGCUCCGGGCCUUGUGAUUUCAAACAGCACAUGAGCAUCACAGCUCUAUGGCUCCCUUCCGUGCGCUUUAUAUCGCCUAAUGAGCAAGCUUCUGUGUUUUGGGAUAAAUAUUUCAUAUCACAAAAAUACACUAUAUCUCUCUGUUACUGUUGGUAAUAGAUCACAGUUGAGAGAUACGGUAAUAGGCUUUGAUUCUUUUUUACUACCUGGAAUGCAUUUAUUUUUUUUCCUUUAUUAGAAAUAAAGUCAAAAGCUUCUAGUCUUCCGGUCAGUCUGUAUUGAAUAAACAAACUCAACCCUCACAGCAAUAGCCAUAAUGCAUAGCGUGUGUAUGCAUGUGUAUAAUAUGUGUGUAUAUAUGUAUAAACAUUUAUGUGCACAUACAUGUGUAUUAUAUGGGUAUAUAUAUGCAUGUAUAUAUACUUCUUAUGCUUCUGUGGAUUCUGUAUACAGUGGAUUGUGUUUUCCAUUUUCUAGUCCCUGAAAAACAGAGGGCUUAGUUAUAUGAGUAAAUACAGAAAUAAAACUAUAUUUCUUUAAAAAUGCAUAAUUCAUGCAGAGCACAUUUGCACUGUCCUUCAUAACAUUUUAUGCAAGCAAGGAAUGAGAAAUGAGUGUAUUAUUUAUUUGGGGGCAGCUUAUACUUGUGACAGAUUUCCAAAGAUUUAGGUAAAAGUAAGACUUCCCCCUCUACCUUCUAUCCAUACUGUUCUGCCUCCUCUCUUUCAUGGUGGCCUUCCUUUCUGUCUUCCUCUCUUGCACUUCUUCCCAUGCUAAGGAUCUACAUCAGGAUCUCCUGCAAGUCAGGCAAUCACCAAGCUGCAUCCCAGUCCUGCACUAGAAAGUUCUAUGUAGUCAGUCCUGAGAUGCUGGGCUCUGAGACUAGGCAAGAAUUUCACCCCAGCCAGUGGCCUUGUAGAGAAGCUACCAGACCUCACUGUGCCUCUGUUUUGUCACUGGAAAAAUAGGAAUAUUAGAGAUGCCAAGAAGAACAAAUUGGACAAUUCCUGUGAUGUGCUGAGCGUCAAUUAUGGACUUGCAACACUUAUGAAAUACUAACUUCCUCCCUUAUAUAGGAUGUUUCCUUACCUACUCAUCAUUUUCUUACACAACACUAAGUUGUAUGUGUUUAAAUAGAUGGCUUUUGGAAACGCAGCAAAAUGAGAUUUCUCACCUGAGCUCAUGGGAUUGCUGGUCUUAUGGAUCGAGCUGACUCAUUUUUCUUUUUUGGUUACCUACUAUUCAGCUUUUUGGAUGGAUUUAUCUAUUUUUAUGUAUAAAAUUUUUAUAUCUUUGUUUAAUUUAUCUAAUUAUACUUUAUAUAUAUUUAUCUAAUUUAUAUAAUCACAUAUCCAGCUUCCAACUGAUGGUCAGUCGGGCUGCUUCCACUCUUAUUACCAUAUCAUGAGACCCUGGAAAAAGGUGUGAGCCCUUCCAGUGUAGAUCCUGACGGGAAGUUUGUAGGCAGGAAGUCAAAUAAAUGUUCACAGCACAGGUUCUAGUUUUGACGAAUGUUUAUGAGUUGCUCUCCACAAGGCAAGGAACUCGGUCUACAGAGUGUGAAAAUGCUCAUUUCCAAAGGUCAUACUGCAACUUUAAUUUUCAAAAAUUCAGUUUUUUCAGGCCUAAUAAUAACGAUUUGGAAAUUUGAUCAAGGUUUCUAGGUUCCCUGGAAUAGCUAGUGGGUAGAGGGAGGGCAAUGGUGCUUCCUCCUUAAGUGUUAGAAGGGACAACAGACUUCUAUGGUGAUUCCUAUGAAAUACACAUACAUUGUCCUUAUGGGCACUGGCUGCCAGGGAUUCCUGAGCUAUGGAAAUAGAGCAAAGAGUUUGGGAAGAGAACAUUAGCAACAGUGCUUUUCGUUUAGUUUGCAUCAGAGCCUGGCCUCUCUAUGCCCCUUGAACUUGCCUUGGCUGAGCAGAGCUGUUUGUUGGACCAGUUUCUGAGAGAGCCUUUCUCAUUCAUCCACACAAAUGUCCCAUUGUACAGUUCUCCUUGCUUCCCAAAAUGACCAUAUAGCUUUUGUUUGGAGGUAGGUGGACAAUUUUCUCUCUUUUCAGAUAUACAAAAAACAAAACAAAACAAAACAAAAAACCUCUCAAAUAACUAAAAAAAAAAAAAAAGAUAUAAUGUUGAUUUCGGCAUCCAGUAUCUUAGAGUAUAUGACCUUCGUUAGUGCUUUUGGGUAGUCUAAAAUAGUUUUAACCCCUUCUUACAUAUUUUACAGUUUAUAGCAAAUUCACUAUGUUUUACAGAGUUCAUGGUGCACUGCCUGCCCCCUGACACAUAACUCUGGUCUCUGGAAGGAAUUAGGAUUUGUAAUGAAAUCGACAGUUUCAGUCCACUUGGCAAGUGCUCACAGGCUGUAUUUGCAUAUGCAAACAAGCUGAGGAAUUGAAAAAUGAAAAACCCAAAAUUAGUAUUCUACGAGGAACUAAACACUUGGACGCUUUGGGUCACUCACAUUAUUACAGAAAUACUCGUUGGCUUUCCGCUGUGUUGAUCAUGAUACACUGUCAAGGGUGAAAGGAGCUGGGUGGCUGAACCAUCUGCACCUAGUAGGGACUGAUGCUUCAGAACACCCGGCCUAUGAGGCUGAGCCUGGCUGCCUUGGACCUGCGAGUGGUGGCGCUGAGCUGAACACGGUGCUAGCAGAAGGGGGCGGUACUUUCCCUCUGGACCCUGACUUGGAAGCCAAGUGCGACUCGAGCGCAGUCACCGCCAGAAGCAGAUGUGUGAGCGGAGCAGCUGUGCGCCUCUCUUUCUGCCGAGGAUCCCCCUCAUCUUCAGCACAUCAGGAAGACUAUGAUGGAAACAAAAGAAAGAACUUGGAGGUUCCACUUAACUGAUUGUUUCUGCCUAGAGGAUCUUCUCUUGGAAGCAGGAGAGCCUUCUCAUGUAAUGGCUGACUUCCAAAGACAGGCUAUGUUCUAGAAGGAAAUGGAUGGAAUCAGUUCAGGGGACUUCAGCCGCACUGUGGUCUAACCAGAAAAGCCCGUGUUGGGGGCCCUCCUGGUGCCCUGGGAUGUUGCAUACUCUGGACCUGGAUGCAUGGCCCGCACCUGAGUGAGGAUGGUCCGACGCGGGCUGGUGGGGUGGAUUUCCCGGGUAGUGAUUCUGCUGGUGCUGCUCUGUUGUGCCAUCUCUGUUCUCUACAUGUUAGCCUGCACCCCAAAAGGCGACCAAGAGCAGCUGGGACUGCCACGGGCCAACGGCCCCACAGGCAAAGAUGGCUACCAAGCGGUGCUACAGGAGCGUGAGGAACAGCAUCGCAACUAUGUGAAUAGUCUUAAGCGACAGAUCGCGCAGCUCAAGGAUGAACUGCAGGCACGCAGUGAGCAGCUCCGCAGUGGGCAGGACCAGGCCAGCGAUGCCACCAGCCUGCGGUCAGGCUGGGACCCUGAACCCAAAGCCCAGGCUGAUAUACUGGCCUUCCUGCGUGGGCAGGUGGACAAGGCUGAGGUCCACGCCGGUGUCAAGCUGGCCACCGAAUAUGCUGCUGUGCCUUUUGAUAGCUUCACUCUGCAGAAAGUAUACCAGCUGGAGACUGGUCUGACCCGCCACCCUGAGGAGAAACCAGUGAGGAAGGACAAGCGAGAUGAGCUAGUGGAAGCUAUCGAAUCAGCCCUGGAGAGUCUAAACAGCCCUGUGGAAAGCAGCCCACACCAGCGCCCUUACACGGCUGCAGACUUCAUAGAAGGGAUCUACCGAACAGAAAGGGAUAAAGGCACUUUGUAUGAGCUGACCUUCAAAGGGGACCAUAAGCAUGAAUUCCAACGACUUGUCCUAUUUCGACCUUUUGGCCCCAUCAUGAAAGUGAAGAAGGAAAAGCUCAACAUGGCCAACACACUUAUCAACGUUAUCGUGCCCCUAGCGAGGAGGGUGGACAAGUUCCGGCACUUCAUGCAGAACUUCAGGGAGAUGUGCAUCCAACAAGAUGGGAGAGUUCAUCUUACCGUUGUUUAUUUUGGGAAAGAAGAAAUGAAUGAAGUCAAAGGAAUACUUGAAAACACUUCCAAGGCUGCCAAUUUUAGAAACUUCACCUUCAUCCAGCUGAAUGGAGAGUUCUCCCGGGGAAAGGGACUGGAUGUUGGAGCCCGCUUCUGGAAGGGAAGUAAUGUCGUGCUCUUUUUCUGUGAUGUGGACAUCUACUUCACCUCUGAGUUCCUCAACACAUGUAGGCUGAACACACAGCCAGGGAAGAAGGUAUUUUAUCCGGUUCUUUUCAGUCAGUAUAACCCUGGCAUAAUCUACGGCCAUCAUGAUGCUGUCCCUGCCCUAGAACAGCAGCUGGUCAUAAAGAAGGAAACAGGAUUUUGGAGGGACUUUGGAUUCGGAAUGACUUGUCAGUACCGGUCAGACUUCAUCAACAUAGGUGGAUUUGACCUGGACAUCAAAGGCUGGGGCGGUGAAGAUGUGCACCUGUACCGGAAAUAUCUCCAUAGCAACCUCAUAGUGAUACGCACGCCUGUACGGGGACUUUUCCACCUUUGGCAUGAGAAGCACUGUAUGGAUGAACUGACCCCUGAGCAGUACAGGAUGUGCAUGCAAUCAAAGGCUAUGAAUGAAGCAUCCCACGGGCAGCUGGGAAUGCUUGUCUUCCGGCAUGAAAUAGAGGCUCACCUUCGCAAACAGAAGCUCAAAGCCAGCAGUAAAAAGACAUGACCUCCCAGGUAAAGAUUAGCCAAGACGUUUAAAUUUUGUGCCUUUGGCAGUUACUGAAGAAGUAGAUGCAACAAGGUAUAGACUUCCACAAAGGGCAACAGAGAAUCUGACUGAUGAGUGACAGAUGAAUGAAGAGUCUCGGGUUUCUGUUGGCUCUGUGUAUGCUGGUGACUCUGACUGUGUUUACAGCCAAAUGAGCUCUCUGGUCCCUGCUCCCUGAAAUAGUCACAACCGGUUUCAGAAAACCAGAAGGAGCUGCAAGCCCACUGACUUCUCUUCUUUGGAUUGGUUACAUCAGAGGGCUUUGGUACUACUAGGACUACCAAAGGCUCAGAUGGAGCUCUCGGACGGAGCAGAGGACCUGUGUGAAAAGUGGAGCUCUGACAUUAGUGUCCUCCACCAGACCGUGAGCAAAAUCAAAGGGACCUGGAAACAAACCAUCCAAACUGUCAUUUCCCUAGUAUUAACUGAAAAACAAACAAACAAACAAACAAAAACCCUAAAAAACAAAAAAAAGACAAAAACAAAAACAAAAAACAAAGCCAACAACAACUACAACAAAAACCCCUCUCUUUCCCAUUAUUGUUUAGUCAUCUCUGUUCUAAAAAUGCACUUUUUUUGCUUCUGAGCAUUAUGCUUAUUUAAUUACCCAUUUCCAAGCCUUAGUAGGAGUACAUUGUAGUACACACAUUUUUAUGAUUUUUUUAAAGAUUUGUUUUUAUGUUUUUGCUGAUUUGUUUACUUGAGACAGUCUUGACACAGAGCCCGAGAUAACUUGAAAUCCUGAUCCUCCUGUCUCCGAAGCCUGAGUGCUGAGAUUACAGGUAGCUAGAAGAUACGUGCAGAGGCGUGGAGUGAGGAGCUCCAGUUGCAGGCAUGUGGAGCUGAUCCAAGGACUUGCCAGUCUCCGACCACAAGAAGGCUACAUGUGGGGCUGCAGAGAGAAAGGUAUCUACAAACUAAGACUGUCGGAAGAGGAGCAAUCAAACACUGGAAAAAGAAAAAGAUACUUUUCACAAAGAAAGGACACUAAGAAGACCUUCGUGUAUUUACUAGAGAAUAUAAUUUCUCUUCUGGAGAAAUGGGACCACUUUCUUACCUGUUUGAAUAAACCAAAGUUAUGAACCAAAUGAUCACUUUUCAAAACAGGGUGCUCUUCUUGGUCUCUGGUUUGCAUAAAGAAGAAACUGCAGGAAAUAUAUAUAUGUAUAUAUAUAUAUAUAUAUAUAUAUAUAUAUAUAUAUAUAUAUAUUUUGAAAGACAAAUCCAUUAACCCAGUGAGGUGGAAGAUUCUGCUCCAUUUCCAUUCACUCCUGGCUAGGUGGAAGCAACUUAUUUUUAAAAUAAGCAAUGUUACCUGAUUGCCAAGACGCUUCUGAAGCAUUUUCUUACAACUCCAAAUUUGUUUUUUUAAAAAAAAUAAAUCUGAUUAACAUUGAGUGGUUUCUACAUCCAUGUGCAAAUUAUUUAUUUAUUAGCCAGCACCAGAUGCAUGAGCUAAUUACCUCUCCUGUCUCUGUGCCUUCUGUUUGCCCACAGUGAACUCAUUGUUUAAAUGCUUCAAGAACACUCAAGCUGUGUGUUUAAAAAAAAAAAAAGGAUUGUAUUGAUUUGUACUGGUAGUUUAUAAAAUUUAAUUAAAACACAAGACAUGAAUGAAAGGUGGCAUUGCACAGCUAAUAAAAUUUGUGAAUUUGAUUUCUUUCCAUAA